AUGCAAGAUCUCCUAUCAGAUAGCUCCAACGGUGUCCUGCUUACUCCUACAAACUCUCCAUCUCCUCCCCUCAACCAGAAACAACAGUUCUUACAACAACAUCAACCAGUAACUACUGCAGCUCAACACAACAACGUGUUGACAUCGCCGAUGACAUCUUCGAUGACGUCAUCGUCGUCUGGUACGCAAGCACCAAUCCUGUUGAGACCCGAUGAAUUUCUGUCACCAAGAAUCACAGAAAACCACAACACAUCCUCCUUGCUAACAACGCCUUCUAAUGCCACGUUGUCAUACAACGACUUAACCAUAUCUUCCCACAGUGAUCGAGCUUCCAAUACUGUCAAUCAAGAUCUCGCUCCUGUCAAAGUUGUCAAACACAAUGGAGGCUUGUUAUCAGCUUCGUUGUUGCAAUCUUCGAUAUCCAGUUCUGUGGACUUUGAUCCCCAUCGUCCACGACAACCCAACGACAACAACGUUGAUGACGACGACGACGACGAUGAAGUUGGAGAAGAAGAGAGAGGCGAUGUUGAGGGGGCAGAUAGGGAUCGACCAGAUGGAGGUACCAGGGCACGAGUGGGUGCUAGCGGUGGUGCUGGUACCAGUGGAAGAACGUCUGGAAAUGGUGGUGAUAGGUUUUUCGAUCGUGGUGGUGACGGCGGCGGAGAUGGUAAUAGUAGCAGUGCCACAAGUUCUGCCAGUCAAGAAGUCACUGAAAUUUUGGAGGGAGCGGCUGGCGUGGGUGCCAUGGAAGGACUCUCCUCUAUCAAUCAAGAAAAAAGCAGCUCAGAUGAUGAGGAUGUUGAUGAUGGAGAUGUGGAGGAUGAUGAGGAUGAUGAUGAUGAUGAGACAUUCAUGCCCCAUUUGAAACUGAUGCAAAAAUCACAGCAACAACAACAGCAGAUGUCAUCUUCUCUCUACAUGGAACAGCAACAACAAAUAGCACAUCACUUGCCAAAUUUAAAUGUGAUGAAUAUCCCGCCAUUACCUCACCAUGCUGUUUCAUCUUCAAUCUCAUCAACAUCCAACCAACACCAUCAUCAGUACAUGAUGAGCACAUCCCUAUUUGAGCUGGCCCCGGUCACCUCGCACUCCCCGAUGUAUCACAGCGCCUACCAUCCCAGUCAUCCAUCGUGGAAUGCUGGCAAAGUUGCUGGAGAUGAGGCUGGAAAGAGUCUGGAAGAACUUCCUGUUGCUGCUGCUACCAAUACCAAUCUUGCUGAAAGGGAGAGGAAGAGUUUGGAUGGACUGCCAAUCAUAUCCAAAGCUUUACAUCUCGCUGAUUAUAGCGACGGAAUAAGGAUUCUAGCUAACCAGCAGUCAAGAUUGCCUGAAAUCCCACUGAAGAUAGGACCAACCACGUACGACAUUAUGGACCAGUUGAGAAGCCAGGAUCAGCAGAUCAAAUUCCUGAGUUCCCAGCUACAACUGCAGACGACCCAAUUUGACGGAUCCCUCAGGAGUCUCGGCCACCAGCUGGAUGAUGUUUCAAAGAAUGUUGAUUCCUUGUGUGUCGCGUUCAACAGAGAUGAUUAUGCACAAAAGGAGGCUUUAACUGAAUGCAAGCUUGAAGAAAUGUUCAGAGAAUUCAUGAUGAGAUAUGAAAGGUCCCAGGCUGAGCACCUUCAGCACACGACCAACACACUACAAGCUAACAUCGAUGUACAACUGGAAAAAAUUGUUUCAAACGAAAUAAAGAAAACAAUAUUGCCAAAAGUAGAGCAAAGUUUGGAUGUAAUAAAAGAAAAGAUCUCUCAUGAUGUGUCACAAAAACUUGCUUCUAUUGACAAUAAUAUAAAGAUCAACCUUACAAAGAUGCUCAAAUCAAAGCCUACCAUAGACAGCAUAGGACAGAGCAUCUCGAGUGAAUUGAGAGGCAACUUGAGGUCGAUAAAUCAGGACAUCGUUGUGCCUUCAUUAGAGAAAGGAUGCCAAAAUAUUAUUGAACAACUGAAUGCAUCAUUCAAAGCUGGAACUCAACAGUAUAUACAGAGUUUAGAAUCUCACUUGAAUCAGACACGCAAGACGUUGGAGAGUCACAAACAUCCCGCUGUCAUUCAACUGAAAUCAGCUUCUGAGACACUGACACAUUUUGAAACCAAGCAACAACAGAUUCAAACGCAGCUGAAUGCCACCAUCCAAUCAUUACAAAAUCAAAUUUCUCACCUUCAACAAGCUACGACAGCUGUCGUGGCAGCUGUUGGUGGUAAAAAUACACAUGAUGAAAUUAAACUUUUCUCUAAGUUGAACGAACUUCAAAACAUGUUAAUAACGGAAGUAAAGACGUUGUUAUCAGAAGAGCUGGUAAGUUUAUUGAAGUACCAGCAAGUCGCCAUCAAGGACCAAUUUGAUGCUGCACUCAGAUCAGUCACUCCUGCUCCGUCUAACUCCUCUCAUCAUUCUGACCACAUCUCAAACAAAAAUCAUAUUAUUGCCUGUAUAAAAGCUUCAAAGUUCAAUGAUGCUUUUCAAACUGCUCUGUCGGCCACAGAUCUUGCUCUUGUGGAGUUCACCUGCGAAAGUGUCGAGAUAUCUGUCGUGUUUGGCAACUCGAGCCUGCUUAGUCAGUCUGUCCUCCUAUCACUCAUUCAACAGUUAGGCGCAGACCUCAACACAAAACCCGAACUGAAGUACAGAUUCUUGGAUGAGGCCAUAGUAUUUUUAGAUCCGUAUGACCCGGUCACAAAAGAACACCUGGAUGUUGUCCUGAAACAGUUGCAGGUAAACUUGCUGGACUACAUUGAUAGAAAAGUUGACAGUGCAAUGGCAAGCAAAAUGAACAAAUUGCUACGAAGAACGAUGUUAGCGCUUAGGAGUGUCAGUUGA